AUGAGCUCGUACUACUCCGUCGACGCCAUCCUCACCGACGCUCAGAAGGUGCCCUGUACCUUCGAGCUCACCGUACCUGGGCUCGGCUUCCUCGAAGGCAACAUGAGCGGCGACAUGAAACAGGGUUCAAAAGUUGAGCUUCCAUUAUGGUUGGGAGAGAUGCUUGCAUUAUCCCAAAGCUUAAAUACUUCCUCCUUGGUGACGCUCGACCCGCCAUCCGCACUGUCACCGCGAGUCCUGAAUGCGCUUAAAGCUGAUCCUCGGACGGUGGAUCUAAGGGCCCUUGCACCCCAUUUCUAUGAUCUGGGUGCACGAAUUCUCGAGCUAUUUGAAGAAGAGAAGAUGAUCGAGGUGUUGAGUGAUACGUUCAAAGCAAGGGCUGCAGUCAUUGCCGAUCAAGCACACAACCCGCGUGGCGCUUUGGGUGAAGGAGCCGACUUUAUGCGCGGGUUAGACGAGAACGAGCGGCAGUUGUUUCGCGCAGCACAUGAUAGCGCAAAAGCAGCGAGGACUUGGAUGACAGAUCUGAAGCGGAAGUGAGCAUCGCAUCAAGCCAUGCCAAUGAAGCCGAUAGCACUCGAAUGCGCCACAAUCGCAUAUUGGCAAUGUCAGUUCAUGCAGCAAUGAGCGCGGGCAAUGCGCAGCCAGCAACGAUUACUAAGAGAUGAAGUUGACAGACGCGUGGAAGCAGAUGCACAGGACGCUGAAGCAAGGAGCAAGUAUAGACAAUGUUUCGACGCCUACCUUGUAAUUACAAUACGAUACCUCAUUAAACGCUCCAAUC